AUGAGCCGUUGGGGAAUGUGCCUUUUCCAAGGCGACCAAGACCAAGACAUCCGCGGCGAAAUCGAAGAUGCCAUGGGCCUCGUCAAGCCUGAUGACGAAGACUACGACCCUGACAAGGAGCUGCAGUCCACAGCCUUCUGCAAGAAAUGGACGCCGGCCUCUGUGACAAGCUCUUCAGAGACUUUCGUGCUAAGGGAAAGGGUAUUCUUUCCUUGA